AUGUUAGACACCCCAGAACCUAUACCUACCGAUGCAGACCACAUCUUCCGGUAUAUAUUCGCUUUUAUCCUGGUGGGCGUAGCAUGGGGUUUUACAACACCGUUCAUACGAGCCGCAGCACGCACGCACUCCCCGCCUGCUCACUCCAUCCUCGACUCUCCAGCUGUGAAAAACAGUUGGCUCAAAUCCAAAGUCUACGGAGCGUUCUUUGGAGUGGUGGAUCUCCUGAGGAACCCCCGGUAUGCGAUACCGUUGGUAAUCAACCUGACGGGAAGCAUUUGGUUUUUCUUGUUGAUCGGGAAGGCUGAAUUGAGCUUGACUGUCCCAAUCACUAACUCGUUGGCGUUUCUGUUUACGGUCCUGGGUGAUUGGUAUGUUGACAGGAAAGUCAUCAGCCGAGACACGUGGAUCGGGAUGGCCCUCUCCCUAGCGGGGAUUGGUCUUUGUGUCCAGAGUAAGACGAAGUGA